CAGCUAUUGAGCGCGAAAUCUUCACAUGUCGCCCUCAACCCCACGCCUACACCAAUGCGACCAGAGGAGCAGCCGGAGGCCCCCAGCGGGCCAUGGCGCGCCGCGUCGGCCCUCACCAUGGGCGCCGUCGGGCUUUUGUGCAAAGGAUUCCUCAAUGGGCUGAGCAAGGUUGAGACGCAUGGAAUGGAGGGCUUCCUGAAGCUAUUGGAUGAAAGAGAGGAUCCAGCGAGUAGGCAGCGGGGCCUCAUAACUGUUUCGAACCACAUCUCUGUAAUGGAUGAUCCUAUACUAUGGGGUAUCCUGCCACUCGCCUACAUAUUCACGCCGGACAAUUUGCGCUGGGGAUUAGGUAGUUAUGAUCUAUGCUUCACCAACAAAGGACUGUCGACAUUCUUUACCUUGGGACAGGUUCUUCCCACACAUCGUUCGGCGCAUUCCCAGUUCGGCGGCCUGUUCCAACCCACCGUAACGCAAGCGAUCCGUCUUCUCUCGCGCGGCCCGUUCCACGAGCAAGACCCACCAAAAACGCCUACCACAUCGCUCAAAAGCCCAGAUCUCCUCGAUCCUUUUACCGACGGCCACCUCACAUUCUCUACAAACGGACAAGAUACGUUUCCUGCGCCCUCGGCAUACCUUAAUCGGCGGCAUGCGUGGGUGCACAUCUUCCCCGAAGGCAUGAUACAUCAGACGGAAGAUAGAAUCAUGCGCUACUUCAAGUGGGGAGUAUCACGAUUGGUACUUGAGAGUGAGCCAAUGCCAGACAUCGUUCCCAUCUUCAUUGAAGGCUUCGACAACAUCAUGCACGAGACACGCACUUUCCCGCGCUUUAUACCACGGCCGUUCAAGAACGUCAGGGUGACGUUUGGCGAGAGGUUAGAUGCUGAAGAGGUAUUCGGCGACUUGCGCGCACGCUGGAAACAGAUGCGUGCAAACGAGGAGAGAAAGGGAGGAAAGCUGCAAGUCGGUGUUCUCAGCGACGAGCUGAAAUAUUCCGACGAGGCCGUCAGCAUACGCAAAGAGUGCACGCGACGGAUACGGCAGGCGGUUCUGGACGUUCGGCGGCAGCGAGGCUACCCGGAAGACGACCCGAAGAACGGCAUCGCGGAGACAUGGCUGAGAGAAGGUCCGGGUAGAGAGGGGCGCAAAAGGGAUGGCAGCAUCACGAAGGAUACAUAAGGCGUGUGAGGUAUAUAGUAUGUGUAUUUUGUAUAUGCGACGCCCAGCAUCGGCUUGCGAAGCCAGGGGACGCGACAGACCAGCUGGAGCGUGGUCAGGUCAAGACGCCUCGUCAACAAAGAAGCGCGGCGGAGUGUCAGAUUAGAUCAAGUAAUUACACCAUCAGCGACUCCUGCGCCGGCGCGCCGAUCAACCACGGCCUCAGGCGACUGGGGGCGGGUUUCGUCGUUGCGAACCGGAGCAGGCACCACGAUGCUGUUUGUACAGGGCGGAGAGGUCUCUGGCGUGCUCGUGUCGUCAUCCACUGCUGGCGCCGCGCAUCCACCGGCCCUGGAACGGAACGAUGAACGUGACGAAGCUGGAGAGAGAAGCGUGGUAGCUCGAAUCCAGACGCGUGGUUUUCUCGCAGAGGCGCCCUGUGCACGGAUCUCACGAGCGGCCGGGGCCAGCCAAUGGGCGGCAGCUGGGCUCCACAGGCGCCAGAUUUAUCU